AUGCAAAAAUUAGCUCAAGGGAAACGAAAGCAACGGGGAAUUCCAGCUAUGGAAGAGAGAAAAUUACAAUUUAGAGAAGGCAGCAGAGGGAUAAAUGAUCCAUUGGAAGCAAUGAAAUUGAUGGCCAAGACCAUGGUGGAUGGUUUUUUGGAUAACUUGGUAGACAAUGAAGUGGUAAACAAGAGAACUUUAAAAAAUUUAGGGAGUGGGAUCAGCAACUUAAUAGAAGGGACUGAAAGUCUGAUUGAGAAGUUCACAGAGAAAAACCCAGACAAGAUAUACCUUGUUGUUGGCAACGCCAACAAACAGCUGAGUUUAAAAUUUGUGCCUGAAAGUGAUGACGAUGAAACUGAGAAAGGUUUCACUUUGCUCACAAUUGACUCUGAAGAUGAGAAUGAAGAUGAGAAUGGAGAUGAGGAAAGUAACGAAUCAGCCCAGGCACAGGGUUUGUCUCCAACAGAGAGCAACGCAAGUGGUGAUGUAUUGAAGCUCUGUCCUUCUGCUCAUUUUUAUGAAAUGAAAACGAAAAGGGCUGAUGAGAUAUACCCAGUAAUGGAGAAGAAGGGUCGAACUCGCCUAGCCCUUAUCAUUAACAACAAAGAAUUUGAAUACCUCAGUAAUCGAAAUGGUUCUGAAAUUGACCUCUGGGGGAUGGAAGCUCUACUGGAAGAACUUGGGUACUCAGUGAUCAUAAAAGAAAACCUCACAGCAGUGGAAAUGAAAGAUGAGCUACAGAAGUUUGCUGCCCGCAAAGAGCAUCAAGCUUCAGACAGCACAUUUCUGGUGUUCAUGUCCCAUGGCGUCCAGAAAGGAAUCUGUGGGAUCAACCACAAGGAGGAUGAGCCGGAUAUUCUUCCUGAUGAUGUCGUCUUCCAGACUUUUAACAACAGAAACUGCAAGAACCUGAGGAAUAAACCCAAGAUCAUUAUCAAUCAGGCCUGCCGAGGCAAGGGGAAAGGGAUGGUCUGGGUGCCUGAUCAAGCUGAAGACUCCGCAUGUAGACGGUCUAGAAAGCCCUCACAGACCAGUGGAAUGGCCCUUCCCAUCCAGAGUGAUGCUGUAAUUCCGAGCCACGUGGAGAGGGACUUCAUUGCUUUCAGAUCAUGCACUCUACAUAACAUUUCUAUGCGUCUGGAAACGGGUGGCUCGCUCUUCAUCUCCCAACUGAUUCGGUGCAUCAAAGCCUAUUCUUGGUGUUGCCAUCUGGAGGAGAUUUUUCGAAAGGUUCAAAAUUUAUUUGAGAAUCCAAGUGAACUGGCCCAGAUGCCCACAAUUGACAGAGUGACUUUAACACGCUAUUUCUACCUCUUCCCUGGGAAUUAAAAUUUUCAGGCUGGAUCUCAGGACCCCUUAAGUGAAAAAUAUGUACAUUGAAUGUCAGGAUGGACAGUUGGCAUUUGAGUUUUCUCUGGAUUCCUUUCACUGAGUUGCUUGCCUUACCUGUCUUUGAUGAGACUCCAAAAUAUCAGAGCAUUACUGACUUUUAUACUGGUGCGGAGCCAGUAUAGGUGCUCCAUUCUGGGAUGACACUUCUAAACACCU